UCAGGGGAGCCCGCCCCUGGCCGGGCGGGGCCGUUGCUACGGAGCGCGCGCGGCGCGGGAACCGAACGGCGGCCGCGGGGCGUCAUGGCCGCCGUGUGCGAGGAAGAUCCAGCCCUGGAGAGGCACUUCAAAGGCCACAGAGAUGCUGUCACUAGUGUGGACUUCAGUCGUGCUAAGAAACAAUUGGUAAGUGGCUCAAUGGAUUCGUGCCUGAUGAUCUGGAGUAUGAAGCCUCAGAUGAGAGCCUAUCGCUUCUUGGGCCACAAAGAUGCAGUUCUGUGUGUCCAGUUCUCACCUUCUGGCCACCUUGUGGCUUCAGGCUCCAGGGACAAAACAGUCCGUUUGUGGAUCCCUAGUGCCAAGGGAGAAUCGACUGUGUUCAAGGCUCACACAGGAACCGUGAGAAGUGUUCAUUUCUCCAGCGAUGGCCAGUCCUUAGUCACAGCUUCUGAUGACAAAACAAUCAAAGUGUGGACGGUUCACAGGCAGAAGUUUCUGUUCUCUCUGAGUCAGCACAUCAACUGGGUUCGCUGUGCCAGAUUCUCUCCUGAUGGACGAUUGAUAGUGUCAUCCAGCGAUGAUAAAACUGUCAAGCUGUGGGACAAAACCAGCAGAGAAUGCAUCCACUCCUUCUGUGAGCAUGGAGGGUUUGUGAACCACGUGGAUUUCCAUCCCAGCGGUAACUGCAUCGCCGCGGGCGGUACGGACAGCACGGUGAAGCUCUGGGAUGUCAGGAUGAACAGGCUGCUUCAACAUUACCAAGUGCACAGCUCUGUGGUCAACAGUCUUUCCUUUCAUCCCUCUGGAAACUAUCUGAUUACUGCUUCCAGUGAUUCAACUCUUAAGAUUCUGGACUUGUUGGAAGGAAGACUUCUCUAUACUCUGCAUGGUCACCAGGGACCAGCUACCUGUGUAGCAUUUUCAAGAGAUGGAGACUUCUUUGCCUCUGGAGGUUCUGAUGAACAGGUGAUGGUGUGGAAGACUAACUUUGAUGCUGAUUAUGGUGAUGCAGUGAAACCACAGAAAUACAGCAGCAGUGUGGAAGGGACCCAUGGCACUGGGCAGUCAGAAAUGGAUGGUGGCAUUCAUCAUAAGAAAACAAAAACUCAGGAUUCUGUUAGGACCCAUGAGCAGCAAGAGGAGGAGACCAGUAUUGCAAAUACCCUGGAGCAUAUUAUGGGACAGCUGGAUGUUCUGACUCAGGUAGGUGUUCCUGACGUGCUGCUUUCGUGCCAAGGUUUUGAUAUGUAGCAGCGACACAAACUGACAGCAAACAAAACCCUCAGCAAAAAAGCCUGGAGGAAUUCCUCAUUCCUGGACUAAGGCAGAAGGCACCUCAGUGAGGAGGGAUGUGGGCAGUAGCAAAGGAACUGUGGAGGGCAUUGACUUGCAUGUCUGAACUUUGGCUUUUCCAGCUUGGGCUGGUAGGAGCAGGGAAUGCAGCUCCAGCAGAGCCACUGUUACCCCUCCUUCAUGCACUGGGUGUGCUCUGGUAGGAGCUGUGGUGGGCAGGGAUCCAGGAACUGGAAGCAGUGCCUGCUGGUGUUGGUUGUCUUUCCAAGGCAUUUCUGCCAAAGGACAAAUGGGUGCUGCUCCCUGCAGGCAGCAGAUUCAAACCAAUGUCUGUGUGUCAGCUUUGGGCCUGCUGACUUCUUUGUGAAAGGAGAACACCACUGCUUCUUCAAAACAACAGAAGGCUUUCAUGAACAGCACUUAACAGGUGUCAUUGUUUUCUCUUCUUGGAGAAGGGCUGAAGAUGCUCCUAGUGCUCUGCUAAAGUCAUAAUUCCUGAGUAUUGUGUGUUUCAAGGGAACUCUAAGGGCGUAGCAGGGCCAUCUGCUUGAAGGGAAAGAGCAUGUGACAUUUCCAGAAAUCCUCUGUUGAUAUAGCCAUCCAUGGGCUUCUCAGGAAUUUAAUCUGUUAGCUCCAUGGGAGCUUGGAUUAAUUUCUGAUGUGGUAUCCUGAGUUCCUGUGUUCAUUGUUCUUGUUGUAGAUGCAAGGCUGUGUUGCUGUCAUGUAAAGUACCGGUGGGGGAAUGUUAAAGUUGUGAUAAAUUUCUUUGGGAAAUUAUGCAGAUCUAAGCCAAAUUUAUUUUCCAAAUAUUUUUUUCUCUAGCUGUCAUUUUAAGGUUUAAACCUGGUAUCAUGUAGAAGUGGGAAGGAGAGAAAAUACUUCCAAUUUCUGCUGAAAGAGGUGAUAGUAAGACAUCAGCUGUGGGCUGUCAUCUCUUGCCAGCACACAGCUUUGUUCUGAGCUGCACACUUGAAGCUGCAUCCCCAGUUAUUAGUACCUUCCCUCUGCUGGCAGUAGAUUUCCAGAUGAAAUGAGGUGUCAUGUGCUUUGAUUGAGUGAGAUUGUUUUUGUUCAAUUCAGAGGUCUCUUCCAGCCAGUCACCAAUCACUGAGGCUGUCGAGGUGUUGUGCCCUGCACAGGAGGAUACACUGAAGCAGACUUGCUCCUUCAGCUGGCCACUUCAGUUCUUAUCAGAGAGAGAUGGAUCAAAAGAACCCAGUGGCUGUUGUGUAGCACAACCAGCAGUAACCAUGACAGUGAAUAGAAGAUUUGCUAAGCUUCCUUCUUAUGUUGCUGAUAUGAUUCAGUUCUUUAAAUGCAACUUUCUUUCAACUGGUCUUUGAUUCAAUGAAACCUUUUUUUCCUCCUCCCCAAAGCUCUGUCAGGAUAUCUUUCAUUUUACUUUUAAGAAACUGGGCUAAUGUGACCUGACAGGGUCUUCAUAUUUUUUCCCAAAAGCAGUUUGUGUUUGGCCUUACAUGGCUCUUUUUCAGAAGAGUAGCAUAUGCUUAAUAAUUCUGCUGCCUUGAAGAGUGAAGUUGAGACCUGGACAUAAGCCAGUUGCCCCCAGUAGUUUUGGAUUACUUAGAUGCCCUGGUUCCCCUCUGUAGGAAAGCAGGCAAUUCACAUCUGGCAAAGGAAUGAGGAAGAUGAGAGUAAUGAAUGUAUGAUACUGAUGCUUUGCUCCUCCCUUUCCUGCAGCUUAUUCUCUUGUCAGUGUCUCAGUGUUUAAAAAUCCUCUACUGGCAUUUCAGAGAUGUGGAAAGGAUGAAAAUGGAAACUGUUUAUCAAUUUAUUCGUUUCUAUUGAAGACUGGAUCUCAGUAUCCCAGUGCCUAUAUGAAGAGUAGGGGUGAAUAUUUAAGUUUAAGGGGAAAACAAGGUGAUUUUCUCUCUUGGAUAAUCUGACACAGAAAGGUGUAUUUUGGAUGAAACAAAAAUGUAGCAGAUAUGAAGGAUUUGCUUAGUUCAGGUGCAUUUCCUGCAUUUACAGCUGAGCUGCCCUUCUGAGAAGAUCACCUGUGAGUAACUGUCUUGGCUGCAUUUGCAGUCAUCAUCUUCAAACAGUUUAAUGUUCUCUUGUCCUCACUCCAAACACCUCCAGCUGCUGUGUUCACUCUGUUCAUCUGUGGGCAGCAGGCACUGAGGCAAAAGCUGCUGGUUUUAUGUGGGAAGGAAGAUGUCUUCUCUAAAUGAAGAGUUCAGAACCAGGUUAGCAUAAAAAUUCAUAAAUAGCUGCGAUAAUCCACCCACAGGAAAUGGCUUUAUAUGCUUCCCCAAACUAAUCUUGCAUUGAAGCUGGGAGAAAACAACACAGUGAAAUGGAGAAGACUUGAUAAAUCUGUAAAAUAAUCCAGAGCCUGAAUUGAAGGACAAUCUAGCUCAUGUGAGAUUAAAGGAUUAUUUCACUCCAGAAGAUUGCAGGCGGAGAAAGAAUUUUUCUAAAUUUUUUUUUUUUAGCGUAAAAAAAGACUUGGACACAAGUAAAUUGCUUUUUAGUUAAAGCUGAAAAUGUGUGUGUGUCCAGUGCUUAGUAAUGAAAGUGAAUAAGAUGAAAUUUUUACUCCUUUUUUGAGAUGCAGUUUCAAGCCUGUGUUGAUGAGGGAUGAAUGUGGUCUCUCUUUUGAGAGGCACUGAAUGCAAAUUAAGAAACUGGUUUAGUAUAAUAUAUACUUUAUGACUUCAAGUAGUUUCAAGUCAAGAAGAAAUAUUUGGCAGUGGUGUGGGGAUCAUGUCCCAAGUGCUUCUACCUUUGCUGUGCACAAAUAUCUUGGUUUCUGUGUUGCUCUCAAGACCUGAACACCGAUGGACCCAAUAUACAGGAAAAAACUGCAAGUAAUUUUUAUUCCAAGAGAAAUAGUUUGAAAUCUGAAACAUUAAUAGAAAAGUUCUCAUCUGAAAAUCUGUGGAGUGUCAGAUGAGCUUGAUUUUUAAAUCUGAAUUUAAAAGACAUAGAGGCUAUUUCUUGUGAAUCAGACCCAUCUCUUAGCAAUUCAGUUGCUUUGAUCUCUCACUCCAAACAAAUUAAGUACCCUGGUUAUUGCCAGUCCUCUGUGUCAUUGAGCAGAGCAACUUUUUUUUUUCCCUCUGAAAUUUACUUCCAAAAUAUGCUUGUUAUAAAAUCUUGAUGCAAAUACAUUUUUCUCCUUUCUAAGAUGGCUUAAAUUAAAUGCACUCUGAGGGAUAUUGCUGUGUUAGCAGGACACCCUCUGAAGGCUGGCUCUUCAGAAGUGCUGAUCCUCUCCCUGGUUGUUCACAGGACCUUCACCUUCCAUUUUCCUUCAAUGGGAAGGAAUAUUAAACACCUCCCACAAUUUGUAUUCACAAGCAGAUUUUGAAGAUUAAUGUAAGUUAUUAUUCAGCUAUUGGAUACCAGCAGCUGAGUUUAUUUAGGUGAGUGAUUUGCAUCCUCUCAGAGGCAGGGGAUGGAUAUGGGAAGGCUUUGAAGUCUUUGUGGUUGGGGAAGACCUCUGGUCAUUCUGGGCUCUGACCUCGCUGCUGUGCAGUUGCUGUCAUGGUGCAUGUCUGGACAUUUUGUGUAGCUCAUCCUGACUGCCUGUGUAUUUUGUGUGAAUCUGGGAGUCUCCUGGCUCCUUUUGCUGUGCUGGCCCAGCCCAGAGGUCUGGGAGCUCUGCACCAAGGAAGCUGCACUGAAGCCAUCAGCCAUUCCCUUCUAGAAGCGUGCAGGAUCUGAUGUAAGUGCCAUCAGUUUAGCUGUGGCUUAUCAGCUGUCAAGAGUAAAGCAACAGCAACGUGUGAUGAAACAUUUGUAGUCAGAGGGCUGUAAAUGGAAAGACUCAGUUGCAAGGGGCUUGUGUGCCUUGUGUCUCCACCCUGUGUGGAUGAAACUGGCAGAGCCUGUGGCUCGUUUUUGUAGUUAGGGAUGAUUUAAUAAAAAGGACAACCUUUUCUGUACCCCAGGGUCUCUUUGGUCACUAGUGGUACUGGUACUAAUCAUGCUGCUUGCUCUGGCAAAGACUGGAUGGUACUGGAAUUUUUGUGUAUGCUUGUGUGGUUUUCCUACUGUAAAAAGCAUGGUGAGCCCUGCAAGUGAUCACUUGUUGCUGUGCUGAGUACCACAGGAGGAGAUUUGUGCAUUACACCAAAGUUGCUCCUAUAAUUAAUGAAAGGGUUGGUAAACUGUAAUUCAGGUAAUUCUGCAGAAAGUGAGGUGUGCUGGGAGAUGGAAGGAGAGAUGGCAGCUGGGAGUGAUAGAAAGGUUUGUUUGGAAGAUACCUUAAACUUCAUCCAGUUCCAGCCCUGCUGCCAGGUCAGGUUGCUCCCAGCCCCAUCCAGCCUGGCCUUGACCACUGGCAGGGAUGGGACAGCCACAGCUCCUCAGGACAACCUGGGCCAGGGCCUCACCACCCACAUUUUAAUAGUAAGGGGAGAGUAGCAGAGUACUGGCUUUGAGUUUUCUCAGUAACCAUUUCCUUCUUGUAGUGCUUCAGGCUGCUAAACAGAAAAAAUUCUUUACUUUUCAAGUGUCCUCAGUAGCAGAUGUCUGAAUGGUGUGUGAAGAGAGCUGGUGGGACUAUGAACUCUCAUACCCUGCACUGGAGAACAGACAAGGAGGUUGUUUAGCAGCACAACUUGAGCAGAUCCUGAUGAGGCCAGGCUAGUGCUGGCUUUGUCCUUCUGCAGGCAUUGUCAUGUGUUCCUGAUCCAUGUGACCCCACAGUGAACCUUGGAUGGGUGAGCAAAAGUUGGGUUGAGGGCUCUGUGGGACUUCCUGACUCAGAGCUGCACAGCAGCACUGACCAAGAUGAUCCUGUCCAGCCACACUGAAGCUAAGUGUGUUGUAGGAGCAUUAAUAAAAGUUUGUAGAAUUUGAAGCAAGUUACAAAGUAAAUCCAGGAAUAUUCAUGGUGUUGAAUUAGAUAAUGGGACAGUGCUGAGUCUUCACUCACUAACUCAGCCUGGUGUGAAAUAUUCUAUGCAAAUAGGCUUUGUGAGAAUUCAUGUUAGAGUUUGUCUUCAAAGCCAUGGAGAUGGUGAAGAGCUACAGACCUGAUUUUAAAUGUUUGGGGUAGCACAUCUUGUUUUAGUCUGAGCCCAUGAGGAGCUAUUGUUUCUGUUAGAAAUCACCCCACAUUUUAUUUGAAACCAAAAGCCACUCUGAAGUUAAGGCUUUGACCACUGGAGUAAGGCUGGUCCUUGCAGUCAUUUGUUUGCCACAUAAAGUGUUAAUUCUGUGAAAGCUUCAUGCCUUGUUCUGCUGUGAGAUGAGACUUCUCACUCAGUCUGAACUGCCAGCUCUGCUGAGAUUUCUUCAGAGGUGCAAAAGGUGUAGCUGGCUUGGGGGCCACCUCAAAGCUGUUAAAUUAUGAUCUGCACGUGAGGAGAGCAGCCCAGCUCUCUUCAAGUGUGCUUGGUAAGAGCAGGGAUCUGCUCUGGGGGUCCAAGUGCAGCUGCUGAGCUGGAGGGGCACUGGCUGCAUGUUGGGGCAAAACCCAGCCUGGUAUGGGAGGAGGAGAAGCUCUUCUUGCCAGACAGGUUCGUGCUUGAGCUCUCGCUGUCUGAGUUCUCCCAUGAGCCUUUCAAUCUUGCAGCUGCAGUUUGGAGUUGUAAACUGUGAUUAGUGGUGGGAGUUCAGGUUUUUUUCCUCCUGGAAAAGGUAGGUAGGGUUACCCCAGUGCAAACCCUUCCUGUAGUAGUUUGUUUCACUCAUUGCAUUAGCUUAGAGAAAGGGCUCCCAAGCUUGAUUUACCUGGCUGCCCUUGGAUGCUAAGGCAGCAUUUUUAUGAUGCAGUUCACAUGUACUUCUUGGCCAUGUUUGGGAGUAAAGUGGGCUCUGAAAUUGCUAAUUUUAGGGAAAAUCACCUGAAGUUGCAGCAGGGCAUCUUUGAAAACACACCUGCACUGGCCAUGCUUGUUACAGAGGGCAGAGCUCUCUAACCUGCAACUCCAGGUCAAAUGUGAUAGUCCUAUUCUGUAAAUCUAUGGACAAUAUUGUCUUCAAUGGCCCUUUUAGAAACCAUCAAUCCCUAAGUUCUUCCUUUUACCUACACAGUGGAGUGGAGAAAGUGUGGGUGCAGAAACUUACAAACUUCUGCAUUUGUUGUGUGCUUAUUGUGGGUGAUUUUUUUUUCUAUAAAUUGAAAAGAAAAUGCUGUCUUCAUAAAUUAACAUGUCAGAUAGGGAAGAAAAAUGUGAAGAGGCAGAAGUAAUGUUUUUUCUUUGAGCUGUUUGAUAUGUUAGUGCUCUGCAAAAGGUUUUAGCAUAUGCUUAGAAAAAACAGUGGAACAAACUUUUGAGGAUCUUUUUAAGUAAAGCUAGAAAACUACUUCUGCUUCCUUUGAGAUCAGUGGAGAGAGGGAUUUUCUGCUAUGAAGAAACAGGAAUAGAAGUGCAAGUGUCCUAUUUUUCCUGUACAGAGCCAAGAACACAUCUGUGGUGCAGGCACUGUGCAGGAUCAUAUCCCUUGUAAGUUCAGCCGAGCUGUUGAUAUUUAUCUGAGGAACUGCUGUGGCCAUACUUUUUGGGGUGGGUUCCCUGAUUUCUGGUGAUCAGUCAGGCAGUUCUGUCCCCUGUGCUACUCCAUGGCUAACUCAGAGCCACUGUGACUGCAUACUGGAAAGGCCCUGUGCUGCACUUUUGGCCUUGCAGAGAGUGUCCCUGAGCAGGGUGAGCUGAGCAUUGGUUAUUCCUCCCUUCUGUGCCCCUGCCCACCUUGUCCCCAGCUCCAGGCUCAGUCCUGCUUCAGCCCACAGCAGCCACCUGCCUGGCUGGAUCUCUCCUGCCAGGGACUCCACUGCUGCUCCAGAGCCUUGCUGGUGACCUCUGCUCCCCGGCUCUGGACUUUUGUUCAGAUUUCCUUCAGUGCUGGUGGAACUGGUUUCUUUUGGCAUUCAAUUAGCAGCUGGUUCCCCUUAUCUGUCCUCCUCAAAAGCCCCUCCAGGGCUGCUGCAGAAGCUUCUACCCUAAGGCCAGUGGCUUUUGAACUGUCUCUGCUGCUUAAUCAAACAUGUUUAAGAGGCGCUCAGGAAAAGAUACUGAUGAGAGCAUCUUGGAACAGCAUCCCAAAUCACUGUUAUUUGGGUGGUGAAAAUAAUGGCAUAAGGGGCUUGCCAUCAGGUAAGCAAGCAUGACUACUGGGUGCCUCAGUUCAGGUGUCCUGGGGGAGGAUGGAAGUGAAUAUUCCCCAGAAUUUUUAAGUCAAUUGGAGGUAACUUUUUAUUUCUCCAUAAUUUCUCAUUAAUGUUUCCAAAGAGAAGAAUUUUUUUUUCAAUGUUGAGUCUGUGAAGAUAAAUGAAGACAAAUGUUGCCAGAAGUGUUGGUAGACGUGAUUUAAGUUUUCUGUGAAAAAUUCCUGUAUUCUUUUCUGGUGCCCAUAGUAAUGCUCACUAUAUUACAGUAAUGCCAGAAAUACUCCUUACAAAAUAAAUAGCUUGGCCUUUUUUUCUUGUUUAAGCCUAAGCUGUUAUCCUUUUGCCAAUUUGAGCCAGGACUUUAAUAAAUUAUCCAGCAUUUACUCUCUGGUGCGUAAUGGAGACAUGUACUGUAUUCCUGACAGACCAGGAAGCCCAGACCCUGCCACAGGGUGCAAACUGGGCUCUGGUGAAUCCUCACUGGAUCUGGCUAACAGUGUUCUCCUCCUUGGCUUAACUGCUGGUUUGUUAUCUUUGAGAAGCCAUAGCAAAGCAUGCAGGAGUUGAAUGGGUGCAGUUUCUUUUGCCUCCUGAGAAUGAUUUGCUUUAUAAAUAGCAGCAUGGAAAUAUUGUAAAACUUUCAGCUGCUAAUAAAGGGGCUUUUCUGUGCAAGUUGCAAUAUAGCACUUAGAGCAGCUGGGCAGUAUUUGUGCUUUCCCUUACCUUCCUAGGAUAUCAGAUGCCCUGUCUAUUUAUAUUCAUCAUACAUUCAAGUCUAAAUGGACUAUAGUCAUUGAUUCCUACUUUGGUCUUCCUGAAUUUCAUUUCUGACUGCUACUUUUCCACUUUUAGUUUCCAAAAAAUACUUUCUGCAAGUUUCUGCUUAUACUUACAUGCAGUUUCCAUUCCAAUAAACAUUUUCCUUACAGCUUUCUCACGAAUUCAACACUUUGUGAAAUCUGCUUUACUUGUGUCUCAUGGUGCCGUGUGUAACAGCUCUUAACUCCUAUUGACAGGAUCAUGGUGGCAGUAAAUCAUGGAACAGAGGAACCACGAGUGAUCUGGGCAUUGCUUCUGGCAGGGCACUGUUGCUGAGCCUUUAAUUCAGCUGAUUAUCGUUCUAAAGGAAAUUUGAUGCAAUGUUUCAUUCUCUCUCUCUUCAUUGGAGUGUUGAGUUACUAGUUCAUUUUUUUAGAUGGAAAAGCCAGGAUCCCUACUGGUUUUCAUUCUCUGUCUGGUUGUUUAAAGGAUAAGAUCUUUGCUGUAAAGCCUUGGUAGACAUUUGGCCUGCUGUGUUCUGCCCUUGGUAGCUUUGUCCUGGUCUCCAAGACAGUCACUAGGCAAUGGCAUGGCUGGAUGUGGAAAAGAUUAAGUCCUCUCUCCUUUGAAUAGAUGGAAGGGCUCCUGCUGGCUCUGGGGCACCUGGGAUGUUACCUGCUGGCUCCACAGUGUUUCUUCUGGUUCUCUGUGUACUUCAGUUUCUGUGCCUCUAAGGGAUGGAAAUAGAAGAGGAAAAAACUUAAAUGCAGCUGGUGCUGUAGCCCAUGGAAUAUUUGGGCAAUGCAGGGUUUAUUCUUUCAGGUGAAGCUUUCUACAGCUGUAGCAGAGCUCUUCUGCCUUGUCACAGCUCAGAAAUAAGAAAUAUAUUAGAAGUAAGCUUUGAACUGUGUUUAGGGAGGAGAAAAAGGUGCAGUAUCAUGCACUGGACAACCUCAAGCCCUUCCUGACUUCCUUGAUACAGUCUUGCAAGAUGGCUUUGCCUUAUGCCUUCUGUUGUUUUUACUAUGUCUGUUUUCUCUUCUCCCCCACGACUUAUCUCAUUCCCCAAAUCAUUUUACAGCAGACUUUUCUUAGUCUCAAGUGGCCUUAGCCAAGCUAUUUCCUCUCUUUGUGCUUUCGUUUCCCCAGCUGUAAAAUGGGGAUAAUGAGACCUGCUUGCUUUUGUCAGGCACUUAGAGCUGUGCUUACGAAAUGUGCUAUUAAAAGGCUUUCUAUGUAUAACUGCUAUACAAACAGCGGUUGUCCAAGUUUAUUUGAAUUACUUUAUUAAAGUCCAAGGUUCUGAGCAUCCUUUGUUUUUAGCAGAGGAUGUUAUUUAUGCAGUAAAAAUGCCCAAAAUGUGAAGCUAUCGAUCGUUGCUGAUAAGUUUAUGGAUAUUAAAGCAUUAAAUCAUCACCACCCAUUAUCAGCCAUUCUGGUGUCUCUGGAAGCUGAAAGUGGUUGUGCAUAGCUGGGGCCCUUGAUUAUCUUGGAGUGAUCAAUAAAAGGUUUUCAGCAGAAGCUUUUAUUGCCACGUGGUUAAAAUGUUCUUCCUGUGCAUCCUGUACGUGAUGACUUCAGCUCGAGGAGAAAGAGAGCAAUCCUUUGCAGGGUAACUGGAUUAGACAAAGAAAUGUAGGCAUUAUGUUGAGGUAGAUAUUGCCUCUUGGAAUUUUUCCCCUCCAUCUCCUGCUGCAUUGUCUUGGGCUGGGUAGGUUUUCUUGCCUGUCAUGGUGCUUGUCCAGCAAGUUUUGAGUGUUUUAAUUACAGCAGACCCGUGGUGUUCAGGGAAGGGAGGAAAUGGUUGGAAGCAAAGAGAUAAAAUCACAGCCAUAACUGGGCAAAUUUGUUUAAAAUCAGUGUGUCUUGUUAGCAGAAGUGUCUGGUGCCUCAUGAACCUGUCCAGGAAAGGAAGUGCAGAGCCCAGUCUGAAAGCAGCAGUGCUGAAAUGGGUGCUUGGUGUUGUCUGCAGGAGGGCUUUGUACCCACUGUCUGCUAUUGCUCCUCUCUGAAGUCAUGUGGGGCUCUGGCCUGCUGGAAUGCUGACACUGGAGUUCCAGCCUAGAAAUGCCUCGAAAUAUUCCUGUGAAUUUAGCAUUUUAUUGGGCACAUUUUAUUGAGAGUACAGUGUGCAGUGUGUCUUUGUCAGUAGCUCAACAGCAGCUUUCACUUUGUU